AUGGUCUUCCUGCCUGACCAGCGAUUUGGUUCGCUGGGACACGUCCCAGAUGACGUUCCCAUCAACGAGUUCAUGCUGAAUGAGAAGUAUGGACGAGUGCCACAUGCCCAAUCGAGGGACCCCUACACCUGCGGCUUGACGGGGGAGACGAGCUCGUCGCGCGAGGUCGUGGACCGAGUUGAUCACAUUGCGCGAGGGCUCGCGAAGGAGUUUGGAUGGUCUCCCAACCAGGGAACGGAAUUCGAUAAGACGCUGGCUGUCUUCAGCGUGAACACGAUUGACUCGUUGCCUUUCUUCUGGGGUGUACACCGACUGGGCGGUGUUAUUUCGCCCGCUAAUGCAGCCUACUCGGCCGCCGAGCUGAAGCACCAGAUUUUAGAUUCUGGCGCAAAGGCUCUUUUCACCUGUGUUCCUCUCCUGUCGGUCGCUUUGGAUGGUGCGGCCCAGGCUGGGUUGCCCAAGAACAAGAUCUAUUUGAUUGAUGUGCCAGCCCCUAUUCUGGGAGGUGUGAAGGCCCCGACCGAAUUCAAAUCCGUCUCCCAGCUGGCGGAAGCUGGCAAGUCGCUCCCUGCGCUGGAGCCGUUGAAGUGGGGACCUGGAGAGGGAGCGCGACGCACUGCAUUCCUAUGCUACUCCAGUGGAACUUCUGGUUUGCCGAAAGGUGUGAUGAUCUCCCACCGCAACGUUAUCGCCAACACGCUGCAGAUCCAGGCGUUCGAACGGAGCCAUCGUGAUGCAAAGCAACCCAAGGAUGGAAAAUCUGUGUACUCAGACGUCAGCCUCGGUUUGCUCCCGCAAAGUCACAUUUACGCAUUGGUCGUCAUCUGCCAUGCUGGUGCCUACCGUGGGGACCAGAUCAUCGUCCUGCCCAAGUUUGAGCUCAAGUCAUACCUCGCAUCGAUUCAGAAGUUCAAGAUCACUAGUCUCUUCCUGGUUCCUCCAAUUAUUAUCAACAUGCUCCGCAGCCAGGACGUUUGUUCCAAGUAUGAUCUGAGCACUGUGAAGACUCUUUUCACGGGAGCUGCGCCAUUGGGUAUGGAGACUGCGGCCGACUUUUUGAAGAUCUACCCCAAUGUUCUUAUUCGCCAAGGAUACGGUCUCACCGAAACGUGUACCGUUGUCAGCUCUACACACCCUGAUGAUAUCAUGCUUGGCUCCUCCGGUUGUUUGGUCCCUGGCUUCGAGGCCCGCAUCGUGUCUCCCGAGGGCCAGGAGAUUACCGCCUACGAUACCCCCGGUGAACUGGUUGUGCGCUCCCCCAGUGUGGUGCUGGGAUACUUGAACAACGACAAGGCCACCAAGGAGACAUUCGAGGAUGGAUGGAUGCGCACCGGUGACGAGGCUGUCGUUCGCAAGGGACCCAAUGGGACAGAGCAUGUCUUCAUCGUGGACCGCAUCAAGGAGUUAAUCAAGGUCAAGGGUCUGCAAGUAGCGCCCGCCGAGCUCGAAGCACACCUCCUCACCCACCCCGCCGUGGCAGACUGUGCCGUCAUCGCCAUCCCUGACGAUGCAGCCGGCGAACUCCCCAAGGCAAUCGUCGUCAAGUCAGCCUCCGCCGGCUCCGAUGAAGCCGCCGCCGAAGCGAUCAAGAAGCAUGUUCAGGAUCACAAGGCUCGGCACAAGUGGUUGAAGGGCGGUGUUCGCUUUGUGGAUGCUGUUCCCAAGAGUCCCAGUGGAAAGAUCUUGCGCCGUCUGCUGCGUGAUCAGGAGAAGGAGGCCAGGAGAAAGGCUGGUGCGAAGAUCUAG